ACUUUGACCGAGGCAAGCGGGACGCGACGGGGAGUAUUGUCGCCUCCGUUUGAGCUAAAGAGAAAAAAUUGAAUAUGAGAUUCACACGUCCUUAUGCGGAUAUCUUGGCAGUGGUGCUCAUUGUUGUACUGCCUCUCGUAGCUGCUAAUACCACGAACACCUCUGCAAGUGUGGGCAGCGAAGCCUCGGUGACAGUGUCAGUCAGGAAAGAAGAUGAGGUCGCUGGCCUUCUGCUCUUCUUUGGAGAAGGCCAAGAGGUCACGAUCAACGGAGAAGCACCUGAAACAAAAUGCAUCAGGAUUAGUAAUCAGCGGGAGAUCGAGGUCCGCGUCAUCCAAGACGGGGUUCCUCAAAGGGAGCGCAAGAAUCCCCAAGAACGACAGGAUGCGACUGGGACCAAGCGGGAGGUUAUCGCGCAGAUGGAACUCAAGAACUGCCUGGAAGUGCUGAAUCUGGGCCACAACAAGAGCGGCGUGUACACCAUCUCGCCAUACGAGCUCUGUCCCGAGCACCAGGUGGACGUCUACUGCGACAUGGACACGGACGGCGGGGGAUGGACGGUCAUCCAGAACAGAGACCUGUCGCAGGGGGACUUCUUCCGGCCGUGGGUGGACUACGUCAACGGCUUCGGAGACCUGUCGCAGGACUUCUGGCUCGGCAUCAAGCACAUCCACGCCCUCACGAGCCAGUCCCUCUACGAGGUGCGCUUGGACAUGACCGAUUUCGACGACAACACUCGAUUCGCGACCUACGACGGCUUCUCCCUCAGCGACGAGGCUCACCGAUACGAUAUCAGCUUUGGCGAGUACUCGGGGGGGACCAACCCCGGCCCGGACAUCGAAAACUGUGCGACCUUGUGGGAGAGCGUGUGUUUUUUCAGGAGCUGCUACACCGUGCACAUCGAGGACGAGGACCAGGAGGGCCCCAACAGCCAGAAGUGGCUGGAGGUCAUGUGGGGCUACUGGGAGGCUACAAUACCCCCGAAAAAGAGCGAAAUAAAGAUGGGGCCCAAACUGCACAAAGAUUUUUAUAGGCUUCGUUUUGGGAAGUAG